UUUUUGAAUACACCGCCAUUACUCACAUCAACAAAAAUUAAAUAUUAAGAGGAGGGCACCCAGAUCCGCCUUCGAAAACGCAGUAGUUAAGUAAUAUCUAUGUAGUAAUAUCUAUUGUAUUUUUACAUCAAUGAAUCAAUGAACCAAUAUGUUGAAAUGAAUUUGUAAUUGUUGUUUUUAAGAUUGCCAUCAAUUAAUUCAUGAAACACGGCAUUUAUCUCGUUAUUAUACUGUGAUCCAGUAGAAUACAGUAUGACUAAUUCGAAGAAUUUCAAGCUCCCUUCGGACGAAGAGUUAAAUACACAAGAAUUAAAUAUCAGUUGGCCUUAUAUUGCUGCCGCUGCUGUCUUUCUUGCAAAAAGAUGCGAAUGGUUUAAUAAUGAAUUUAUGCUAUGUAGAUAUGAAUUGAAAGAUCCUCGUAAAUGUCUGAAAGAAGGCAAAGAAGUAACCAAGUGUGCGAUAGAAGGAUUCCAGGACAUUAAGAAACAUUGUGGAAGCGAAUUCCAAGCACACGUGGAUUGUGUUAUAAACACAUCUUCAACGGCAACCGAUGAUGAAUAUUGCAGUAAAACCAGACAGGUAUUUGAUGAUUGUAUGGUAAAAAACUUAAAAUUAGAACGACCACCUUUUGGAUAUUUUUGCGAAGCAAAAGUACAUGAUUCACCAAGACCAAAACCACCACAAGAAGAACGAGGAUUUCCAGAUGCAGUGCCUCAGCUACCUACUCCACCGUAUCCCCCUCCAAAGUACAGUGGACGUGGUGGUUUCAAUAUGUAAUAUUAUUUAGUAUAAUUGCAAGUUUUGUAGUCUAAAUACACUACAAGUUUAAGAGAAUGAAUAUUGUCAUAUAAUUGGCUUGUAUUUGCUCUGUAUAAGAUUGUGAAUAAAUGCUUGCAAGCAACAUGCAUGCAUCGAAAAUGAAUUAAAUUAUGAAUCAAACAUAUUUAAUGAAAUAAAAAGAUAAAAGUAAACAUCAA